GACGAGAGUUGCGGGAAUCUCACCCUUGCUUAGUAAUAUCCAAUGACAAGCAAAACACUGCUAGUCCUUUAAUAAUCGUUAUGCCAAUUACUUCCUUAAAGCCUGGUGAUAAAGUUUUCUCUUUUCAAGUUUCCGUUCAUUUAAAAAAAGAGAGCGUAAUAUUGGUCGAUCAGAUUCAAACUAUCGAUCGGGACAAGUUCCGGGACAGGAUUGGCAAAUUAAAUCCCGAAUUAAUGACCGAA